GUUGGAAAGGUCCGUUGCAAAGCGCUUCAUCAGGCGCACAGGCCACCAAAGGGUGCAGAUUCUGCAGCAGCUAGCUAGCUAGAAGCAUGAGCCUAGCUGCUACAGCUGCCAUGGGCCCUCAACAAAAGUGAGCUGGCCAUAGAACAGUGGCAAGCUCUUAAAAACCCUCAACCUGUAGGGAAGUGUGUCUAGAUUCUGAGUUAUUGGCAUAAGCUUAACGGGCUACACUUAGACCUAGCUGGAUAACCCAUACCACCCACCAGCUUCACCCCUGCACAUCUGGUUGCACUCGAAGUCCGAGUUUGGACUGUGGCAGCUCGUCCCAUUUCUGGUUGAAUUCACUACGUGUUCACUACUGCCGUAGAUCCAUAGAAUUUCCGCCAUCAACAGGGACUCAACUUCAGGGGCUGUGCUGCCGCCCAGCUCACGUUGGAAAGCUUUGCGCUUUACACGGACAUUCGGCCAUUAGGGUUUGCAUUGCUGCAGAUUAUCUUAUCAGGCACAACACUCAAGGCAACCCCUGAGCUAACCUUCAAGCAUGACGUGAAUAUCGAGCGUUUGAUCCAACCUUUAGAGUUGCGCGUCGACAUCAGCUUUGCUGACAACCGCUGUGCCCGAUUACGGCAAUUGUCCGAGCUCGUUAAAGCGCUGAGCAGCAGCUUUCUUCAUUUGGCUGCUUUGACGAAUGCAACCGGUGAUUGCAUUUGUGAUAGCGGGUGCAAGACAGCCAACACUAGGUCACCAUGCAGCGGCGGAGCUCGUUGCCCUACACGCAGCCGCACCCGCGGAUUACAAGCUCCGCACCCUCCAUAUCAGGCUUCUCAAGUCAAAGUGCGCCCAUGACUGGUCUUGCCCAUGUGUCGGGGACUCUCUCGCGAGGGGGCCGGCGAGCCAAGAAGGAGAUUACCGAAGAUGAAAAACAGGAAAUUCGGGAGGCGUUUGACCUAUUCGACAGCAACAAGGCUGGCAAGAUUGAGUAUCGGGAAGUCAAGGUAGCCAUGAGAGCUCUUGGCUUUGCAGUGAGCAAGGCCGAGGUCAAGGGGCUUAUGGCCGAAUAUGGCAAAGAUGAGGGCGGCGGACUGGAGCUACAAGAGUUCAUGGAAAUAAUGUCACAAAAGAUAAGUGAACGAGAUCCGAUGGAAGAGUUGGCGAAAGCCUUCAGGCUCUUCGACGACGAUUCAACGGGCAGGAUCUCGCUCAAGAACCUUCGUAAGGUCGCCAAAGACUUUGGGGAAGACAUCUCGGACGAAGACCUAUCCGCUAUGAUUGACGAGUUUGACCGGGACGGUGACGGCGAAAUCAGCGAGAUGGAGUUCUAUGACAUCAUGAAGCACAACGAAGGAUGAGCAGCGUAGUUUCGGAGAUAUACGGGACUGUCCUCGUCAAAAACGAGCUCGAUACUGAGAACAGAAGCAUCCAGUCAGAGCUCGAAGCGACGUAGUGGUCAACAAUAGGUCGUUCAUUGUAUUGGCACUUUGGUCAAGCGUGACUUCACAGUGUUGCAGGCGUCAAAGGUGCUCCGUCUAAAUUACCAGGUCAGAAACUGUCAAAGGGUUUGAAGGGUGCACGGUGCAGGUUCUAGCUAGCUUGCUGUCAACGAAAGUUAUGUUUGUUGCCGGGCCCUAUCCGAAGAUUUCGAAUCAGGCAUCUCAUAUAAGCUUGGCGCGACGUAAUU